AAAACUGUCCUCCACGAUCGAAAAUGGCUGGAAAUCGGUGGCAAUCGUUUUAGUCAAUGAAUUAGUUAAUUAUAUUAAUGUAAAUAUUUUGAUUAGUCAUAUCUUAAUUGUUUUAUUUUUUUUUAUGAAUAGAUUCGGCACUUCUGAUAUGCGAUCCGGCUCCCAACGUUCACCUACAAGAGCCGGCUCUUAGAGCCGACUCGUUCGCGAACGAGCCAUCACUACCACACAUCCAGUGCUAAGCACAAGUGAGAUAGGGCUCUGCUUCGUUCAUCACAGGCUCGCACAACCUGUCAUCUCCAGCCAUUCAUUCUGCCCUCCCUCGCUUCGGCGCACGCUGCAUUCCUCUGGUAGCUUUUGGAUAGCGCAUAGCGAUGUUUCUCUGCAGAACGGUCUGGCAAAGAUGUGGGCAUUUGGCAAGGAAGUCAGCCUACCAGUUAUCUAGAGAUGUACUGCCACGGCGACAGAUGUCGUCGCUCCCCGGUGGUACUGGUGAUAACAUAAUCUAUGCCCUGCUGUGUGGUGGGGCCUUCGCUGGAGCUGUCGCCUAUACGUACAGCACUGUGACCACAGAUCAUGCCAGAUUCACCGACCGUGUAGCGGAUAUUAACGCUCGUCCCAAGACCGAGUGGGUUCCCAAACCAUGGCCCCCCAAGAGCAGGGAUGAGGAAGAGGAGGGUGAGGAAGCAGUAGCUGAUGGAGAGGAGGAGGCGGCGGCUGGAGAGGAGCCUGCAGCUGAAGAGGCUGUAGAGGCGGAAAACGUAGCAGAACUUGCUGAAGAGACCGAGGCAGUCUCUGAAGAACCUGCUGUGGAGGCAGCAGUAGAGGAAGUGGCUGUAGUAGAAGCAGAGACUGUGGUGGAGGAGGUCGCAGAGGCUGUCGCCGAGGCUGCUGAAGUCAUCGCCGAGGUUGCUGAAGAGGUUGUUGAGGUGGCCAAGGAAGUAGAGGCGGCAGCAGAGGAAGUGGUCAUAGUGGCUGAGGCCGUGGAGGAUGCUGCAGAGGCCAUUGCCGUGCCUGCCUUCCCAGAGGAAGCAGUUGCUGUGGUAGAGCCAGAGAGCAAUGUGGCACCAGUCGUUAUGGCUGCAGCCUCUGCUUUGGCGGUGACAACAGUCGCUGAAGUAGUUUUAGAAGUCAAGGAGGCUGCCCCUGUAGAGGUCCCAGCUGCAGAAGAAGCCGCUCCAGUCGAGGCCGCACCCAUAGAAGAAGCUCCAAUUGAGGCUGCCACAGCAGAGAUUGUGGAGGCAGACGCUGCUCCUGUGGAGGCAGACGCUGCUCCUGUGGAGGCAGACGCUGCUCCUGUGGAGGCAGACGCUGCUCCUGUGGAGGCAGACGCUGCUCCUGUGGAGGCAGACGCUGCUCCUGUGGAGGCAGACGCUGCUCCUGUGGAGGCAGACGCGGCACCUGUGGAGGCAGACGCGGCACCUGUGGAGGCAGACGCGGCACCUGUGGAGGCAGACGCGGCACCUGUGGAGGCAGACGCGGCACCUGUGGUGGCAGACGCGGCACCUGUGGUGGCAGACGCGGCACCUGUGGUGGCAGACGCGGCACCUGUGGAGGAAGACGCGGCACCUGUGGAGGAAGACGCUGCUCCUGUGGAGGCAGACGCUGCUCCUGUGGAGGCAGACGCUGCUCCUGUGGAGGCAGACGCUGCUCCUGUGGAGGCAGACGCUGCUCCUGUGGAGGCAGACGCUGCUCCUGUGGAGGCAGACGCUGCUCCUGUGGAGGCAGACGCGGCACCUGUGGUGGCAGACGCGGCACCUGUGGUGGCAGACGCGGCACCUGUGGAGGAAGACGCGGCACCUGUGGAGGAAGACGCGGCACCUGUGGUGGAAGAGACGCCAGCUGCUAAGGAGUACAUUGUCGUGGUGCUGGACGGAGCGGGCAAGUCAGACAAGAGGCCCAAAGUCCUGGGGAUUGGCCCCAUGACCGGCAGGAUUAUCCCAGACGAAGACGAGGCCCCUGCUGCUGAGGUAACAGGGCAAGCGACGGCUGCUUAGGAUACAGAUGCAGUUGAACCAACUGACAGUAAGCACUUGGAGCCCCUGGAUGAAAUAUCUACUCUGAGGAAGACAAGGGAUGUGCCUUCCCCCACACUUGAACCCUUCCAUGCACUUUGACCCUUAACCCCUGACAGUCUACCCUUGAUUUCUAUCUGUAGUAUAAACUUUUCUCCCUGUCUUACAUCAGGGAAUUGUCUGUGUAUAUGUUCAGAUAAUGCCUGCUUUAUGGAAACAAACAUCUGAUAUAUUAUUCUGAUGUACUCCACCAGUUCCAAGAAGAGGUACAUCUUCCUCUUGUAUCACAUUGGAGACGUUUAGAAAUGGUCCAUCUAUGUAGGCUUCACAACCGAACCUGUGACACGGCAGAUAGUCAGCCAUAUAGUACAAUGCAUUACUCUUCUCACCUUUUUAGAUGCGCACAGUCACAAAACAACUGUGAGUUUACUACUGGUUCAUCUGCACAACCUUUGAACGUAGACUGUCUUUCUCUCAAUGGGAGUUAUUUUCUUAGUAUUCAGUAUGGUUGCAGCUGUGAAGGCUAAGGAUACUCUCACAGCAUAGUAUGUCAUAGUUUACUUCACCCAUGAAACCUCACACUAGACUCACUCCAAUGGUGUUUUCUGAUUCUCACCAUCCAAGGCAAUACUACACAUCCGAUGCUCAGCCAGCAAUUGCCUCAUGGCCGGGUAGGAAUGUGACCAGCAUUCUUCAACUACCCUCAUGUUUGAACUCUUUGGGCUGAUUCCAAUGUGAACAUCACAAGUAUUUAACUCAAAGGGAAUGCGAUCAGACUGCUUUUGCAAAUCAAAUCAAAAAAAUAACUCUUUGUGUCACUGACUUGUUUUUGGGAGACCAGAUCAAUUAGGCUACCUUACCAGCUCAGUAUUCCUCCAGCUUGUGAUCCACAGACCUUUUAUUAAUGCAGUAUUACAGUUGAACAAACCUUCGCAGUUGCAUGCCAGACAAGUGAUUCAUAUUGGGAAAAGAGCAUGACAACGAAUCAGUCAGGUUUUUACAGUCGGCGAUGUCUCUUCAAGCUAGACUCCAUUGCGUAGUCCAUGAUGUCGCUCUUCAAGAUUUCAUAAGGCAGACAUUUUCAUCUCUCUUUUAACUUUCUCCCUCCCCCUCUGUUGUAGAGCCUUUCUCUGCUCAGCACCAUGACUAUUGAGUACACAGCUGUUAGAUAGUCCAUUUAUUUAAGUGACCCACUAUAGCUUAAUGUGGUGAAAAGCUGAAUCUGAAAUAUGAAAAGCCAUGAUUUGAGUGUAUAGCAUGUUUUCCUAGGCUGGUAUAAACAGUUGGGUGUUGUGCUUGUUAUCAUAUGAAAGCAGAUUUUUUUUUUUACUCUGCAGUCAGGCUUGUGUGGUGGCAUACAUUCAGCUUUUCAAAUUAGAUGAUUUGCUAGUUAGUUUAGAUUCCUAAAUACAUGUUCGUAAAUUUGUCAGAACCAGUUCAAAUAACCUGCAGGCCCUACAAGGCUUUCACUGUAGAUAUACUCUACAUAUUUGUUGUAGGACUAGUUCUCUUCUCACUUUCCUCACAUAUUAUAUUUCAUUUUUGAUAUGUUAAGCAUAUUUGAAACGGUUCCGAGACCGUUGAUAAGAAGUGAAUGUAGGAUCAUUCCUAAUUAAGGAGUGGGAUAAUUCAGUGUGUCUGUCCUAAUGUUUGCAGGCAGGUUUUGAAUGGGCUAUAUAGUGGCUUGUCCUGUGAGUGGAUGGCUUCACGCUGUGCAUCUGGCCUAGCAUGGGCUACAAACUGUGACUAUUUGAAACAUUGCUGUUUUUCUGAAAUAAAGAAAUAUUUCAGUUUUGUCUACA